UUGGCAGCCUGUCUACCGUGAAUGCAAAUUCAUCCCGACCUGUAGGUGUCGCUGUGCCGUAAAGUCACGGAAGUGCCUGUUUGUGCGCCUGACAUCUGCACAGUAGGACACAGCGCGGAUAUGGCGAAGAGGUUGAUAUACCCGCUGUACCAGCUGGGAAACCCCCAGCUCCGCAUCUUCCGACCUAACUUUCACAUGACGCUGGUUAGACCCGGUAAAGAGCAGCCGCCGGACACCGUGCAGUUCCGUAUACCCGUGGAGAUGACUAAGAUGGACGUACAGAAUUACCUGCAGCAGAUCUACAACGUGCCGGUGUCGGCUGUGCGCACCCGCAUCCAGUAUGGUAACAACAGGAAAAGAAACCACCUGAACCAGCGAGUGAAGCGGCCAGAUUACAAAGUAGCCUAUGUUCAGUUGGGACAGGGUCAAACCUUUCAGUUUCCUGACCUGUUUCCACCAAAGGAAGACAAUCCAGAAUCCGGCUCAUUCGAUGCCUUGCAGAAAGAGUUCAUGGAGAACGAGAUGCAGCGGCAACGCAGUGACCCUCGAAGAGGUGGACUCAAUGACUGGUUUGGACUUUAGAUCUUGGUCUUUAAGAUUCAUGCACCCCAAAUGAACAUGUAUCUGGAGACGAUAUUUUGGUUCUUACGACAGAGCUCUCCUAGUUGGCCUUGUCUGGGGAGUUUUUGAUAAAUCCCCAUAAAGUGUCUGCUGGUCAUCAUUCAAGAUACAUGCUGAACAUCCUUGUAACCAUUCCUACUUGUUGGAUAUUUGAAGACCACGGAGUAUGUCUCCUUGCUUUGUUCAGGACAUGCAUCUUAGAAUGGAUUUCACCAUCAGUGGAGGGGAGCAGGAUGCUUCUCCCUAAUAUUCUGUGUAUUUAUAGAGCAGAUCUGAAAUAAAUGAACGUUUUCUGA